AUCUAGAACCGAAACCGAAAGUGUUUAUAUCUAGAUUUUAGAUCUAAACAUUUUGCAGUCUGACGGACACACAGAUCACAGACAAAACUUGACCAGACUACUGAGUGAUCGAGUUGUCAGCAGGAACGGUUGCGAUUGAUUCCGAUUGUUUCUGUUCAAGACAUAGAUUCUAGAUGUACACUAGGCCUAUACGCACGUUCAAGAUCAAGGUAGGCCUAUACGCCUUCUUAUCUUCAUACGACGUAGCAGGGUGAAGAGGGGGUCGAUCUCUCACUCAGUCUCCCGCUCAGAUGUUCUUGUAGACGAAAAAUGAAGCAAAUUCCCACAGCUCUAGAUCUAGAUCAUGUAUCCCGCUUGUUUUCAUUGUUUAGGAGGCGCCGUGUUUUGACGUCCACUGCUGGGUUUUCCUCUCACCAAUGUCAACUGAGGGUGUUGAUGUCCAAUUCUGUAAAGACCCUCAGUUCUUUUCAACUUCUGCAUCAAAAUGAGAGUAGCAACAAAAGUAAAAGGUCUGGCAUUUUUGGAAGACAGUGCCAAAUUAGAGAUCCUGUCAACAGUGACAUCCAACAGAAUGAGACUAAGGAGGUUGACAGAGGUUGGUGUUGUAAUGAUGUGACUCUUUCAAUGAAGAAGGUACAAGUCCUGUACCAUUUCAUUAGCAGCAGGAACAUCCCAAGACUCUAUGCCCAUAUCCAUACUUUUUAUGAUUGUUUUAAUAAUAUUCGUGUGGAGACAAAUCUGUCUGUGGACUUUCAUGCUCGUGGACUUGGUGUCAAUAAGGAGUUAAUCUCCCCUUCUGUUGAUAGAAAACAUCUAGAUCUAGAUCUUUGCCAUGUUGAUGGGUGUAAUUAUGUAAUUGUCAAGAAACUGUGUUUUGGUAACGGGAGAAAACUUUCAUGCCAAAAUAUUUUCAAUGUUCGAGCCAGUCAGUCAUUACUGUGUUUUCGAUUUUGGACUAUACGCCACAUUUCUGGCAGCUUGAAUAAAAAUCAUUUUUUUGUCAAUCGGGCUUUUUCAAGUUCCAGCUCUGGGGACAAAAAUGCAGUGUUCAAUGAUCUGAUGAGCCUUGUCCAGCAGUCGGAGAAGUCUAUGAAAGCUCCACAACUGAGUCCCAGAGUAAAGAAUAAACAGCAAGCCUCAUCCAAGUCCACUAAGUACAUCAAACAAAUGCUUCCACAUCUAAUUUCUCCACUUGACAAUGACAGUGAAGCACCAGCAUUUGAAAGUGUGGAAAAACAUUUGAUGUCUCUCAUGGAGAUGUGGGAGAUGGAGAAAGCUGUACUAGCCUUGAGAGGAGCUGUGGAGGUUGGUGUGAUUCCUGAUCAGACUGUAGUUCUUGACCUGUUGCAACAACUGGCAAACCUUGGAGAGGUAGAAUGUCUUCUUGAGGUACAUGCAUUUUUAAAAGAUCAUGGACUGACAACCAAUCAGCGGUUCUAUCAAAGUUUACGUGAUGCAUACUUCAAUAGUGGUCGUAUUGAAGAGGGAGUUGGAAUGCUCAGGAUUGUGUACCAUGGUACACGAGACUUUGAGGAUGCUGAUAUGUUCUUUACAUUACUGUGCACAAUGACACUCAAGCACUUUGAUCAUCGCAGAGAUCUCAUAGAACAAUUCAUCAAGGACCUUGAGGAAGCUGAGCCUCCCAUCACUGCUCCAAGGGCAUCCUUGUGGCGCUGUUUUGUUCUUGCAGAGAAAUUUUCAGAGGCAGACUCUUUGCUUGAACAGUACCCUGAACUGCAGAAGAAGUUGCCGUCACAGGUGACAAAGAUAAUAAAUUCUGCACUUAGAAUGGAUUAUGAUCGUGAAGCUGUAUAUGAAUGGUUGAUUCAACUUUCAUCCAUCAAGCCUGGACUGCGAGCAAGUGUGUUUGACUCCUUGGUUCAAUACAAGUCUAAAGAAGGAGAAUGGACGCAGGUGCUUGAGCAGUUGACCACAGCCAUGGACAUGGGCAUGAAGAUCCACCCACACACAGUGACCAAUUUCCUCACCCAGUUCUUCAGUCAGUUGCCAUCUAUCACAGUGGAACAGCUGUCAGAGUGGGCCAGGGGGCUGGAGGAAGUUCAGGACAAUGGGGACGAAUGAUGCUUUUCUUCUUCUUUCUUCCUCAUUCUUGAAGGUUAGACAGCCAAUUCAGUGGUGGGCACAAAGUGGGCAGUCUGCUUCCGAUCCAUAGGACGCCUACUGUUUUCUCACCAGUGGUGUAGCUUAUUGCCAUUUUAUGCUCUUUGUGAUAUGAAGCGAGUACAGUUCUGUAGGAUAUGAUGGCUGGUCUCUAGGCCCUGUCCUCAUUGACAGAAGGAUGUUUCACCGACUUGAAAUUUGGAGUGCAUAUAUACUGUUUAUGAAUGAUGCUGAUGUGCUUAAGCCGUGAUGCUGACAAUGACAUAACUGUCAUAUAAUUGAUGACAGUUAUGUUACUGCAAGUGGGUUGAAGUGAUAUUUUUUUGUCAUUGCCAAGAUAAUCAUUGAGGAAAUAAUGUUAAAGAUGCAAGCUGUAUAUCCUCCUUUUUUCAGUGGGUCUGAAUCUUAGUGCUUCAUUUUUUAAUUGACUGAUUUCAGAAAAAGGGCUUACAGGGUUUUGGUAUAUAUAUGAUAUAUUAUUCACAAAUCAGUUUUCAGUUGAAGUAGCUUGUUCUUUGGUUGUGAUUCAUUUUUUUGAGUUUUUAUCUCAAAUACUUGUCAUUUUGGGCACAUAAAGCUGUUGCCCUUUUAUAUAUAUA